AACUCCGUAGCUGCAGAGGUGGAGGGGUGAUGGCAUUUUGGGUUGAUAGAAGACGAAGUUUGUGUCCACAGUUGUUCUUGUGGGGCUGCGCAGGCCCACGUAGGUCGAGCUGGAGUAAGAGAGUCCGAAGUUUGUGUCCACAGCUGACCUUGUGCAGCGGUGCUUGUAGCUGGAUCGUGCUGCGAUGGAUUGUGAUGAGGAACAGGCAGCAAGCAGGGAUGGCCGCUCCCUGAGACGACUUCACUAGCCAGCAGGUUGGAAAGUUUGUGGCUGCAAGUGUAAUAAGAGGGCUAAGUUUCUUCAGCUCUCUUACAGAAGAUUUUCACAGAGCUUUCUCUGAUUGAUAUUUAAUGUCGAGGGAUACUGUGGAGUCAAAUGGAGAAUUAAGAUUCCCAUUUGACUGUUGUUCUCCCAAGCUGCUCAAACUCUGGCAGCUCCAAUUGCAGCAAUUAAUGCUGCAAAUGACUGCAUUAUUUCCUUCUCAAUGGCAUCUGAGAACCAAUCGCGCUUCCCUCAACCGUAGAACAAAGCCACGCAAACUUCUAGAUCGAGGGUCAAACAUUCUGGAAAAAGAUCCACACAAACACGCAGAGGCCGACUGGCCACAGCAGCGACUCGCGCUCCUUUCGGAACGAGCAAUAUCCUCACGCCUUUCGUGAGCACAAUAGUCUGUAGCAAUUAUCCUGCCUUGAGAUCAACAGUCAUCUCAACAGCCCCAAACCCAAGUGCAAGCACAAUCCCACAGCGCUGAUGAGUCCGAGCAGGGGAGCCACGCUUUCACCAAGGACGGACUUGAUGCACCAAAGCAGAAAUUACUACAUCCCAGAGCCAAGCACCGCAACCCAGCGGAAGCAAGACAUCUCUGGGAGAACAGAGAGCCCCGUUACCAGGAAAAGCAUGACCAAUUCUCACUAUCCGCAAAAUCUCACCAUUCUGAGACCGCCACGAAGACAGUCGGAGAAUAGCCGCAAGCUCGCGCAGCUGUCCAUCACUAGCUCACAGAUUACGGAGGAUGGCGGGAUUGUGCCCGCAGUGAAUCAUGCAAGCCUGAGUCCCGAUCAGGCACGGCUUGCGUAUAAUUCUAACCUUAACGAUCCGCUCAGGUCAUCCAACAAUGUGCUUUGUCAGCCUGUUGGAGCGGGUAACAAGACAAGUCUUGAGAAUAAUUCGUCAAGCUCGACAACGAGGUUGAAGAACAUAAUAUUAAGGCAAGUUGAGCAGCAACUUUCUCACCCCUUUGUUUUCAAGGGUUCAUCCCCCGGACGAACAAGGAGGAAUUCGUCUCGUUCAGCAUCUCCUAGCUUGGCGAAAAGUGGAGGUGAGGUACGGAAUGCGGCGAGGAGCAUCAACUGGGAAAUGGACAAUUCAUUCCAGGGCAGCAAAGGGAAGACGAACUCAGAGUGUGUGAACUUGUCGGCUCUUCCGAGCUGGCGAGGCCAAAGUGUUGAUACAUCUACUGCGAUCGAUGAGAUGUUUCGAGAGUUUUCAGGGGGGUGCAAGCCACCCAGUCUGCGGUCGAAAGUUGGAGAUCAGAAGGUGGAGUCGACGCAAAAAACAGGGGCCUUUAACCUAUUCAACUUCAUGAGACGGGGCAAAAAGAAAAACGGAGCGACUGGCGCUGCAGUAAAAAUGACCCAAUCCUUUUACUCCAGUAAGGAGGGUGUAAAAGCAGAUUCUGAUUCUUUCAUGGUUUUAAACUACACUAUCACGACUCUACGAUACAAGUUUGAGCAGGCAAACCAGACGUAUAAUAUGGCAGCCGAGAAGAUUCGCGAAUUGCAAGCAGCUGCGGAAGCUUGUGACGAGAAGUGCAGGUUGUUGACAGAACAGUGCGAUAGUUUGGAGCUUCAACUGAUUGCUCGACAGAAUGGGCUCUGUUGCAUGGAACUAGAGGCGGAGGAUCACGUUUUGGGAAAGAGAGAGAUCAAUCUUCCAGCUGCAGGACAGCCACCCGUAGCUCGUCGAUUUCCCUCCCAGGAUCUCACACCAAAGCAAUUCUUGAAGGUGUUGGAAGACUCAAAAAACUCUCUAAGGAAACUAAGUUCAGCAAUUUGCCACCACAUUUGGGAGUCAGGUGAGUCGGCCACGCAAGUGAUAACCUCUCUCUUGGAACAGCACAUGGUUGGGCGAUGGGUCCGCCAGUUCCCAGGAAACGUAAUCAUCCUGUACUUCGAGUCCUUCCUCAACCAGGUCAUGUUUGAAAGCUUUGAGAAUAUAAGCUUCGAGCCUAAUGGAGCCUCCUCCGUGUUCGACCCUGAUGCAUUGAAACAAACCUGCUACCAAUUGUAUCAGAAUCUGAAGAACCAGGAGUGGUCUUCCAUUGAGAAAUCCCUCGGCAAGCCUGGCGCUCUGGUGGUGAACGCACACUUUCAUCGCUUCUUCGUGGGUCGAAUGGAUUUGAUCCUUUCCCAACUCGGAAAACUGACCCAUAGCGAGAUCUCGCUGAACCUCAUGGGGGCCUUCUUCAACGCAGCCAAGUCAGUCUGGCUUGUGCACCACAUGGCAUUCGCAUUCGACCAGCCAGUCUCGAUCUUUCGAGUAUCACCAUCCGCUGAAUUCGACCCUCGAUUCAUGGAACAAACCCCUGCCUUCAAGGAACAGCCUGCUCAAUCCAACAUCAGCAUCAUGGUGAACCCAGGCUUCAUUAUCAAUGACCAGACUAUCAAGUGCCAGGUUUUGUGUAGCAGUAAAUAUCGAUAGCGGAUUCUUUUCUCGGUCUGGGACGUCCAGACCAGACCUCUAUUAAUAUAACUUGGUUGUAUGUUACCAAGUUUAUUGUAAGGAAAACUUGGUAACAUUCAACCAUGUUUUCCUUACAAUAAAAUACCAAGCGUUAUGGCUGGAACCUUUAUGUAGCUCAUUGCAAUAUACUCACAUUUGACAAUCAAUGAUUGUUUAA